AUGAGCGGAGGCCUGAGGGAGGCGCCGUCCGGGCCCCGCCGCCGCCGCCGCCGCCGCCGCCGCCGCCGCAGCCGCACCGGCCCUUCAGGAGCGUCUGAAGAGGCGGGGGCCGCUGCGGGCUCCGGCGCCGCACCGCGCCGGCCCGAGCCUCUGGACGAGGCCCACGGAGCCGUUCGCCCGGACCCCGCCGCCCGAUGUCCUCAAGAUGGACGCAGCGGGGGCGGCGGCGUGAAGAAAGCGGCGCUGUGGGCGCUGGAGCGGGAGCCCGGGCGGAGGCGGUGGCGGGAUGGGGCUGCUGCUCAUGAUCCUGGCGUCGGCCGUGCUGGGUUCCAUUCUCACGCUCCUCGCCCAGUUCCUCCUGCUGUACCGUAGACAGGCCGAGCCGCCGCCGGACGAGGUCGCCCGCGCGGGCGAGGGCUUCCGCUAUAUCAAGCCGGUGCCGGGCCUGCCCCUGAGGGAGUACCUUUAUGGCGGCGGCAGGGAUGAGGAGCCCUCGGGGGCGGCCGCUGAGGGCGGCGCGACCACCGCGGCCCCCGAAACCCCCGCCCCGCCGACGCGGGAGACUUGCUACUUCCUCAACGCCACCAUCCUAUUCCUGUUCCGGGAGUUGCGGGACACCGCGCUGACCCGCCGCUGGGUCACCAAAAAGAUCAAGGUGGAGUUCGAGGAGCUGCUGCAGACCAAGACUGCCGGGCGCCUGCUGGAGGGGCUGAGCCUGCGGGACGUGUUCUUGGGCGAGACGGUGCCCUUCAUCAAGACUAUCCGGCUCGUCCGGCCUGUUGUGCCCUCGGCCACCGGGGAGCCCGACGGCCCCGAGGGGGAGGCGCUGCCCGCCGCCUGCCCCGAGGAGCUGGCCUUCGAGGCGGAGGUGGAGUACAACGGGGGCUUUCACCUGGCCAUCGACGUGGACCUGGUCUUCGGCAAGUCCGCCUACCUGUUCGUCAAGCUGUCCCGCGUGGUGGGGAGGCUGCGCUUGGUCUUCACGCGCGUGCCCUUCACCCACUGGUUCUUCUCCUUCGUGGAAGACCCUCUGAUCGACUUCGAGGUGCGCUCCCAGUUUGAAGGGCGGCCCAUGCCCCAGCUCACCUCCAUCAUCGUCAACCAGCUGAAGAAGAUCAUCAAGCGCAAGCACACCUUGCCCAGUUACAAGAUCAGGUUUAAGCCGUUUUUUCCAUACCAAACCUUGCAAGGAUUUGAAGAAGAUGAAGAGCAUAUCCAUAUACAACAAUGGGCACUUACUGAAGGCCGUUUUAAAGUUACAUUGUUAGAAUGUAGCAGGUUACUCAUUUUUGGAUCCUAUGACAGAGAGGCAAAUGUUCAUUGUACACUUGAAUUAAGCAGUAGUGUUUGGGAAGAAAAACAAAGGAGCUCUAUUAAGACGGUUGAAUUAAUAAAAGGGAAUUUACAAAGUGUUGGACUUACACUUCGUCUUGUCCAGUCAACUGAUGGGUAUGCUGGGCACGUCAUCAUUGAAACUGUGGCACCAAACUCACCUGCUGCAAUUGCAGAUCUUCAGCGGGGAGAUCGACUUAUCGCCAUUGGAGGUGUGAAAAUCACAUCAACACUGCAAGUGUUGAAGCUUAUCAAGCAGGCUGGUGACCGAGUCCUGGUGUACUAUGAAAGGCCUGUUGGCCAGAGUAAUCAAGGUGCAGUGCUGCAAGAUAACUUUGGCCAGUUGGAAGAAAACUUUUUGUCAAGCUCAUGCCAACCAGGUUAUGAAGAGGAAGCUGCCGGGUUGACAGUAGAUGCUGAAAGUAGAGAGCUGGAUUCUGAAUUUGAAGACUUGGCAAGCGAUGUCAGAGCACAAAGUGAGUUCAAAGAUGAGGCACAAUCAUUAAGUCAUAGUCCCAAACGUACUCCAACAACACUUUCUAUUAAACCCCUUGGAGCUAUAUCACCAGUUUUAAACCGUAAAUUAGCUAUAGGAAGUCACCCACUACCACCAAAAAUUCAACCCAAAGAUGGAAAUAAACCUCCACCCCUAAAAACUUCUGAGAUUACAGACCCAGCACAAGUGUCAAAACCCAACCAAGGAUCCACUUUCAAACCACCUGUGCCACCACGACCACAAGUGAAAGUUCCUUUGCCUUCCGCUGAUGCUCCAAAUCAGGCAGAACCAGAUGUUCUUGUUGAAAAGCCAGAGAAGGUACCGCCUCCUCCUCCUGUAGAUAAAUCUGCUGAAAAGCAAGCAAAAAAUGUGGAUCCCAUAGAUGAUACAGCUGCAUCUAAGCAGUUUUUAGCAAAGCAAGAAGUGGCCAAAGAUGUCACUUCAGAAACUUCCUGCCCUACUAAGGAUAGUUCGGACGACCGUCAAACAUGGGAAUCAUCAGAAAUUCUUUAUCGUAAUAAGCUGGGAAAAUGGACAAGAACCAGAGCAUCCUGUUUGUUUGACAUAGAAGCCUGCCACAGGUACUUAAACAUUGCAUUGUGGUGCAGGGAUCCUUUUAAGUUGGGAGGUCUCAUCUGUUUGGGACAUGUUAGUUUAAAACUUGAAGAUGUGGCUUUAGGAUGCCUAGCUACAUCAAACAUGGAAUACCUUUCCAAAUUCAGGCUGGAAGCCCCUUCACCUAAGGCUAUAGUCACUAGAACGGCACUGCGCAAUCUGAGUAUGCAAAAGGGAUUCAAUGACAAAUUUUGCUAUGGUGACAUUACUAUUCACUUCAAAUAUUUGAAAGAAGGAGAAUCAGACCACCAUGUAGUUACUAACAUAGAGAAAGAAAAAGAACCCCAUUUAGCUGAAGAAGUUUCUGCUCUCACUAAAGAGGAACAAUUUGUUGGACAGAUGGGUUUAACAGAAAACAAACACAGUUUUCAGGAUACUCAGUUCCAGAACCCAACGUGGUGUGACUACUGUAAGAAAAAAGUUUGGACUAAAGCAGCUUCCCAGUGUAUGUUUUGUGCUUAUGUUUGCCAUAAAAAAUGUCAAGAAAAGUGUCUAGCUGAGACCUCUGUUUGUGGAGCAACUGAUAGGCGAAUAGACAGGACCCUGAAAAACCUCAGGCUGGAAGGCCAGGAAACCCUCUUAGGCCUGCCUCCUCGUGUUGAUGCCGAAGCUAGCAAGUCAGUCAAUAAGACAACAGGUUUGACAAGGCAUAUUAUCAAUACUAGUUCUCGUUUAUUAAAUUUGCGUCAAGUCUCUAAAACUCGCCUUUCUGAACCAGGAACUGAUCUUGUGGAACCUUCACCGAAACACACACCCAAUACAUCAGACAACGAAGGCAGUGACACAGAGGUCUGUGGUCCAAGCAGUCCUUCUAAACGGGGAAACAACACAGGAAUAAAGUUAGUGAGAAAAGAGGGUGGUCUGGAUGACAGUGUGUUCAUUGCAGUUAAGGAAAUUGGUCGUGAUCUGUACAGGGGCUUGCCUACGGAGGAAAGGAUCCAGAAACUAGAGUUCAUGUUGGAUAAGCUACAAAAUGAAAUUGAUCAGGAGUUGGAACACAAUAAUUCCCUUCUUAGAGAAGAAAAAGAGACAACUGAUACAAGGAAAAAAUCACUUCUUUCUGCUGCCUUAGCUAAAUCAGGUGAAAGGCUACAAGCUCUAACCCUUCUUAUGAUCCACUACAGAGCAGGCAUUGAAGAUAUAGAAACUUUAGAAAGUCUGUCUUUAGAUCAGCACUCCAAAAAAAUAAGCAAGUACACAGAUGAUACAGAAGAAGACCUUGAUAAUGAAAUAAGCCAACUAAUAGACUCUCAGCCAUUCAGCAGCAUAUCAGAUGACUUAUUUGGCCCAUCCGAGUCUGUGUAACAGACAGGUCUAUUUAAACUUUCAAAUGAAUGGGGUAAAGUUGCAUCUAAAGUACCACAGAUACAACCAUGUUUAAAUCCUCUUAUGCACUUUGGCCUGCUUCUCCAGUUACUUGCUUGUGUAAGAACAAAAAGGAAAAGGUUGUUUUCUGGUAAAAACAUGACCAGCUUACUAAAUGGUUGUUUUGGAUUGCAUUUAUAGCUAUGCUUUUUGGGUUUAUACUGGGAAUUUAUUUUUACUAAUUUAUUUUUAACUUUUCUAAUUAUGUAAUUAUGUAAGCUAACUUUUCAUGUUUAUGUAUGUAUGGUGUCCCCUUGUGUUAUUUUCCUUCCUCUUGGUUUUUGAAUUAGUGUUAAAUAGCAUACCUACUGUCUAGAUUCUUGAAAUAUUUUCAUUUCCAUCAUGGUUAUAACAAAUUUGCUGCAUGCCCAAAUUGGCAAUAGCAAUCAUUGAGGGAACAGGUUUUGAAGCUUUCUUUUGUGUUAUGAAGUUUAUCAUCUCUACUUGCUUGAGAUUUUUGUUAUUUUGAGGGUUUGGGGCUACUUUUUGUUUUGUUUUUGCCAAAUGUAUCAUGAAAGCAGAUGCUGCAGCUUUAGUCUGUUGUGCUGAUUAAGUAAAAAGAAAUUUUUUUUUACAUAUAUUGCUUGCUUUCGAUACUUCUAUGAAAUUUUUUUCUAAAGCUUUUGUGCAGCUGAAGUAUGGUAAAAAAUAUGGUGAUUAAUUUGAAGAGCUUACAUUGAAAGACAAUGUAAUAGGAAGUAAAUGUAGAAUGAGUUAGUCAAGAAUUUUGUAGAGAGGAUAGCAAGACUUACUGAAAAACAGUAAUGUAGCAUUUUGAAAUACAGUCUUUUAAAAUAUUGAUGCUUUCCUUUUAAAUAGAAAUUUUAAAUUUAUGAUUAAAAGUUUAAACAUUUAUGAUUAUUUUUCAUCAGUUCUCCCAUAGGAAAUAAAGCAUGUGAAAGGGUAAAGUUUUGGGGGACUCUUUAAAAUUACUGUGUUGAUAACUAGUUUUGGCUGGUUUUGUUUUAGAAACAUUUUCAUGUAGGAGUAUUCUGUGAAGGAGAGGAAUCCUGCAAAAUGUAUUUAUUGCUCUAUCUGGCAUCUUACAGGCAUAAAGGAAUGGUAAUCAUUUUGAAUACUUCUGUAGUUCAGACUAUCUUCAUUAAGAAAAGAAAGACAAAAAUAGACAGUAUACAUACAUAGGAAUUGGGACCAGUUCUCUGAAAAUGAAGGUCUACUUACACUGGAUCCGUUUUACAGAUCCCAGUAACCCUGACUGAGGGAAAACGAGUAAGCUUGACUGCUCUUGGGGUACCUUAAUAGUUUCAGUAUGUUGUAUACCUAUAAAAUAGACAAGUAUAUGUUUUUCCCUUGUGUCGGUAACUGCUAUGAUGAUUGCUAUAUAGUGAAACUGACAUGAAUUUAAAACUAGAUGGAGCAGCUUUUAUUGUUAGCAGGGAAAAGCAUAGUAAUAUUAGGUAUUGUGGCCCAGGUCUGGUGUCCAGGACUCCAUAAAAGAGUUUAAGUUCAAGCCCUUCCAUUAAUGAACUGUGCAAGCAUAGGCAGUUACAAAUGGACUCUAUCCUACAGUUUACCCAUCUCUAAAAUGGGAAUAUUAAUACUUUACCUGUUUCACAGGAUUAUUGUGAGGAAAGUAGCAUAACUGCAAAAGUGCUUUGGACAGUAAAAAGCUAUACAAGUAAAAGGCAUUAUUUAUAUGAGUGAGAAAGACAUUUUUGAGGGAAGAAAAGUUAUUCCACUUUAAAAAUCAAUAGCCAACUCUCAUACCUUUUGUUACUUUAUUAAGUAAAAAUUUCAGGCAUUAAACACCUUUCUUAGCCACGUUUAUAACAAAAACAUAUUCCAGCAUACUUAUUAUUUAGGUGUGAUCUCUUAUUUUAAAAGAAUGCUGCUAUAGAAUACUUUACAUACCAAAUUCCCUGAAAGCUAAAAUAGUUUCAUAACUUACACUUGAAGCAAUCUGCUCAGUGUAUAACCACAUUUUAUAAAAAUAACUUACCAUUGAUAAUCUGGAAGGUGGAGUACUUGUAAGUAGCUGGUGUUUAUUGAUUAAACCAUGGAAGCUUUAAUGAUACUCAAGCAUGUUGCUGAAACUGAUGCAUUUGAAAGAGCUGUUGAAAUAAUGCAAAACUGGUUUCAUAAGAAUCUACUCAUGUUUUAAAAGUAUGUAACUCCGCAGACCACAUUUAUAGAAAGCUCAGUAAUGCUGCUAAUGACAUUUGUAAACUAUACCUAUAAUGUAGUGCAAUAUUUUUAUAUUUCACUGGGAGAGGCAGUAGAGACAUCAUAGUUGUACUUUAGUGCAAGCAGGGGAACACUCUGAAUAGCCUAGAGUAUAGUAAGGUAAAAAGCUUCAAUGAAAAAAAGCUGUAUAUUACAUUACUGAUGUAAUCUUGCUGCCAUGCUAUGUAUCAAUAGCUAAAAAAUAAUAAAGAUAAGACUACCACAGAAAACAAGAAUAUCCUCAUUUGAUGACAUCUAAAAAAAAGGUGAUUGCUGCAUCUCUAUGGAAUUAUCUUCUGGUAUAAUUUGGCCAUGCAGAAAAGCAUAACAAAGUCCACUUUUGCUAAACAAAAUUGCUAUUUUGCAGACUGCCCCAAAAGAUUUUUUUUAACUAUUGUUUCCUUAUGGAUUAUUAAGUUUAUGGAUUUUCUUUGGCUAUGUAUUAGUAAUUAGACAUUAAAAUAGGUUUUCUACAUUGGUAUUAGCUGAAGGAAUGGGUUAGACAAACUGACCGACAUUAUACCAUUAUUAGCAUCAUAAUAGGCUACAUUUCUUCAUAUUAAGCCUUAUAUUCAACAUCAGAACUACUUGAAAUAUGUAGCUAUUUUGUGAUGCUGGGAGGAGAAAAUACAACCUAAAAAUUUUGAAGGGGUACUGUCAUAUUCUAAAUGUAUAGCUGAAUUUUUUGAAAGCAUUUGGAAAUAUUUGGCUUUUAUAAUAAUAGAUAAUAAAAUCGUAAGUCCCCUAAAAGUGAAUAAAUUUUAAAUACAUACUUUAAAAAAUAUUGUCCUAAUUUCUAAAUUGAGGUAACAGCUUUUCUUAUGGGGGGGAGGGGGGAAGAAAGGAGAGGUUUCCCCUAAUUCCUUUUGGGCCAUAGAUCCCCUUUUAAGAUCUGAUUAAAGAUAUGGACUUUCACCCCAGGAAGAUACCCAUGUGUGCACACCAUUCAAAAUGUAUCUGAUUUCAAAGGUUUUAUGGAACUCCCAGGGAUUAUGUCAAUUGGCUGGAUAUUACAGCUAUUUUCAUCAGAUACAGUUAUUUAUUGACAACCAUCAGGACAAUGUCGUUUAUAGAUGCAAGGAUAACUUGUUUUUUUCCCCACACUGAAUGUGGCUAGUUACAGAUCUCAAUUUAAAAUAAAUUUUGAAAAGUCA